AUGGAAGACGGGGGGCAGCCAACGAUAAACAAUUUACGGGAAAUAAAUCUGGGUACAGAAGAAGAACUAAGGAACACAUUCAUCAGCAUCGGUCUUUUUGUGCAAGAGGUCGAGAAAUAUGCCAAACUUUUAAAAGAAAAUGAAGAUGUCUUCGCAUGGACAUUUACAGAAAUGCCAGAUGAUUUGGUGGUCAAGUUAGGUAAUCAUCAGGAACAUCACGAACAUUUGGCAUCGAAGAAGCAGCUAAAAAUGAAUCCAGCUAAAUGUACAUUUGGGGUGUCAUCAGGAAAAUUCUUUGAUUUUAUUAUCAGGCACAGGGGCAUUGAGAUGGAUCCAGGAAAAGUGAAAGCCAUUCAAAAUAUGCCACUUCCGAAGACAUUGAAGGAAUUGAAAAAGUUUGUAUGGGACAAAGACUGUCAGAAUGCAUUUGACUCGAUGAAGGAAUUGUUGAAACAACCGCCAGUAUUGACAACCCUUAUAAAAGUGAAGCCGCUCAUUUUAUACAUAUCUGCAGCCGAGAAUUCAUUGGGAGCAUUGUUGGCAUAG